AUGGAGAGGAGCUCGAGCUGCGAGAGCCUGGAGUCCCCGGCGGCGGCGCGGCCGCCCAGCGCGGGCUCCCUGUCCAGUGCUUCCACUUCUCAUUCAGAGAAUUCAGUGCAUACAAAAUCUGCUUCUGUUGUGUCAUCGGAUUCCAUUUCAACUUCUGCAGACAACUUUUCUCCUGAUUUGAGGGUCCUGAGGGAGUCUAACAAAUUAGCAGAAAUGGAAGAGCCACCCUUGCUUCCAGGAGAAAACAUUAAAGACAUGGCCAAAGAUGUAACUUAUAUAUGUCCAUUCACUGGUGCUGUACGAGGAACUCUGACUGUCACAAAUUACAGGUUAUAUUUCAAAAGCAUGGAACGGGACCCUCCAUUUGUUUUAGAUGCUUCUCUUGGUGUGAUAAGUAGAGUAGAAAAAAUUGGUGGUGCUUCCAGUCGAGGUGAAAAUUCUUAUGGAUUAGAAAUUGUGUGCAAGGAUAUUCGAAAUUUACGGUUUGCUCAUAAACCUGAAGGGCGGACAAGAAGAUCCAUAUUUGAGAAUCUCAUGAAAUAUGCAUUUCCUGUCUCUAAUAAUCUGCCUCUUUUUGCUUUUGAAUACAAAGAAGUAUUUUCUGAAAAUGGGUGGAAACUAUAUGACCCUCUUUUAGAAUAUAGAAGGCAGGGAAUUCCAAAUGAAAGCUGGAGAAUAACAAAGAUAAAUGAACGAUAUGAACUUUGUGAUACAUAUCCUGCCCUCUUGGCUGUGCCAGCAAAUAUUCCUGAUGAAGAAUUAAAGAGAGUGGCAACCUUCAGAUCAAGGGGCCGAAUCCCAGUUUUAUCCUGGAUUCAUCCAGAAAGUCAGGCCACAAUCACUCGAUGCAGCCAGCCCAUGGUAGGAGUGAGUGGGAAGCGAAGUAAAGAAGAUGAGAAAUACCUUCAAGCCAUCAUGGACUCCAAUGCCCAGUCUCAUAAAAUCUUUAUAUUCGAUGCCCGGCCAAGUGUUAAUGCUGUUGCCAAUAAGGCCAAGGGUGGAGGUUAUGAAAGUGAAGAUGCCUAUCAGAAUGCAGAAUUAGUUUUUCUAGAUAUCCACAAUAUUCAUGUUAUGAGAGAAUCCUUACGAAAACUCAAGGAGAUCGUGUACCCCAACAUCGAGGAGACCCACUGGCUGUCUAACUUGGAAUCUACUCAUUGGCUGGAGCAUAUUAAGCUCAUUCUUGCCGGCGCGCUCCGCAUUGCUGACAGAGUGGAAUCCGGGAAGACGUCGGUGGUGGUGCACUGCAGCGAUGGUUGGGACCGCACCGCCCAGCUGACGUCGCUGGCCAUGCUCAUGCUGGACGGGCACUACCGGACCAUCCGCGGGUUCGAAGUCCUCGUGGAGAAAGAAUGGCUGAGCUUUGGACAUCGAUUUCAGCUUAGACUCGGGCAUGGAGAUAAGAAUCAUGCAGAUGCAGACAGAUCUCCUGUGUUUCUUCAGUUCAUUGACUGCGUCUGGCAAAUGACAAGACAGUUUCCCACAGCAUUUGAAUUCAAUGAAUACUUUCUCAUUACCAUUUUGGACCACCUGUAUAGCUGUUUAUUCGGAACAUUCCUUUGUAACAGUGAACAGCAGAGAGGAAAAGAGAACCUUCCUAAAAGGACGUUGUCACUGUGGUCCUACAUCAACAGCCAGCUGGACGACUUCACUAAUCCUCUCUAUGGGAGCUACUCCAACCACGUCCUCUAUCCAGUAGCUAGCAUGCGCCACCUAGAGCUCUGGGUGGGAUAUUACGUGAGGUGGAAUCCACGUAUGAAACCACAGGAGCCUAUUCACAAUAGAUACAAAGAACUUCUUGCUAAACGAGCGGAACUUCAGAAAAAAGUAGAGGAACUACAGAGAGAGAUCUCCACCCGAUCAGCCUCCUCCUCAGAGAGGGCCAGUUCUCCUGCACAGUGUGUCACUCCUGUCCAGACCGUGGUGUGA